AUGGGCAUCACCCUGGGGGUUGUGGCCGUAGCCGCUGUGGCCGCGGUGCUGUUGUGGAACAGACACAGAAAGUUUCCUGCGCCCUUGCCAGUUCAGCCCAAGGUGAAAGUUUCCCCCCUGAAAUCGGGAUCCCAGCCCCACCCCAAGAUGCUGGUUUGCUCCAUAACGGGGUUUCACUCCUCGGGGACUGAAAUCAAGCAGUCUAAGACUGGGAAGGCGCAGAUGGAGAAGAUGGUGUCCACGGAGCUGCUCCAGAAUGGAGACUGGACCUUCCAGAUCCUGGUGAUGCUGGAGAUGAGCCCCCAGCGCGGGGACGUCUACACCUGCCAGGUGGAGCACAUCAGCCUGAGGGACCCUCUCACUGUGCACUGGGAGGCGCAGUCUGACUCCGCCAGAAGCAAGAUGCUGACGGGGGUCGGGGGCUUCCUGCUGGGUCUGAUCUUCCUGGCGCCCGGACUCCGCAUCUACCCGAAGACUGAAGAAAGGGUCUUCCCACCUGCGACGAAAUCCAACAGUCGUCGGGACUCCCCAGUAGUCCUCCUCGAAGGCGCUAAAUCAGCCGGAGAGGAGAAGGUCCCGGGCUUCGCACCUGUGCGCUGUGUCCACUGCGCCUAA